GUAGCUCUUCGGAAGCAGCGAUGAUGACAGCUCCCUUAUGAACGAUCACCUUGAGAAUUCAAGGCUCUUUUUAUUACCUUUCGUAUUGCAAGGAAACACCAAACCGAUGAAGCACAAGUUGGGAGGAAAUAGUUGACCGGGCAACUGAAUAAUUAUGUGGCCCUUUCAGUCCUAGCGUGGAUUAUAAAAACGUCCUCCCUUUGUAUUUUUUGGAAAAGCUGUUGAUUGAGAUAAUAUUCUAUUUUUUUUACCUGCCGUCCUGAAUUACAAAAGCACUUAAAAAAGGUUAUGAGUUGGGAAUGGCCAGAUUAGCGAUAAAGAUACAGCGGUAUUUCCGACGGAAGCCAGUCCGAUUUUUCACCUUCAUUAUCAUUUACCUCAUGGCCGGCAGCUUGAUGUUUCUGCACUCAGGGUUUGUGCGGGACAGCACUUUAACAGGCGGGGCCUCGUAUCCUGGUGACGGGACGGUUAGCGGAGCCCUGGGCGGCUCAGUGGGUGCCGGAGGGCUCCAGAAGUUUGCCUUCCUGCCCUUCGCCAGGGGGUACAGGGAAGUGCCGGAGAAGGAGCCUCAGGCGUUGCCGCGGAGAUACGGCCCCCCCUGGCUGAAACCGGUCUCGCAAGACUCUGUGGACAAACUGAGAUCCGGGGAGCAUGUUGGGCUUUGGAGCAGGGCCCUGAAGGGGAAAAUGUCGAGAGACCAGGACGAGAACAAAGCAAAAUAUAUUGGCUGUUAUCUUGACAACACCAAGCGGAGAACCUUACGGGGAACAGCAUUCUUCGACUACAGAAAGAUGACAGUAUUUCGUUGCCAGGACAACUGCGCUGAAAGGGGUUAUCAAUAUGCAGGCUUGGAGUUUGGAGCAGAGUGUUACUGUGGGCACAAGAUACAGGCCCGGAACACCAGCGACUCUGAGUGCAGCAUGGAAUGCAAAGGCGAGAAGAGCAACAUGUGCGGAGGGCCCAACCGUCUGUCCGUCUACCAUCUGGAGCUGACACAUGAAUCUGCCAGACGCUAUGGGAGUGCUGUGUUCCGAGGAUGCUUUAAAAGACCUGAUAAUAUCUCCCUUGCCUUGCCAGCAGGCAACGUCUUGUUGAACAUGUCCAUAGAUAAGUGUGUGGAUUUCUGCACUGAGAAGGAAUAUACUUUGGCUGUGCUGGCUGGUGCUGCCUGUUGCUGUGGAUUCCCCACCAUGCACUUCACACUGCACGAGCCAGAAGAUGAACAACUGUGCGCACAGAAAUGUGCUGGUGAAGAGUAUGAAAACUGUGGGAAUGAAGAAUACUUUGUUGUUUAUCAGACGCAAGUACAAGAUAACCGUUGCAUGGACAGAAGUUUUUUGCCCACUCGCUCGAAACGCCUUGUGGCCUUGGCUAGUUUCCCAGGAGCAGGAAACACAUGGGGUCGUCACCUCUUGGAACUCACCACAGGCUAUUAUACCGGCAGCUACUACUUUGAUGGCUCACUCUACAACAAAGGUUUUAAGGGAGAAAGAGACCAUUGGAAAAGUGGCCGAUCGAUCUGUAUAAAAACACACGAGAGUGGCAAGAAGGAAAUUGAAUUGUUCAGUGCUGCAAUCCUGCUUAUUCGGAACCCAUACAAAGCUCUAAUGGCCGAAUUCAACCGGAAAUAUGGAGGACAUAUCGGCUUUGCUUCUGAAGCUCACUGGCAAGGCAAAGAGUGGCCUGAGUUUGUGAAAAACUAUGCACCUUGGUGGGCUUCCCACACACUCGACUGGCUGAAGUACGGCAAAAAAGUCCUGGUAGUCCAUUACGAAGACCUGAAACGUGACCUCUUUAACCAGCUGAAAAAAAUGGUGUCCAUGCUGGGCCUCAACGUCUCUGAUGACCGGCUCCUAUGCGUUGAGAGCCAAAAGGACGGCAAUUUCAAACGCUCCGGCCUUAGGAAACUGGAAUAUGAUCCUUACACGCCUGAGAUGAGGAAGAUGAUUGACAGUUUCAUCAAGACCGUUGACAUGGCCCUCAAACUGAGAAACCUUACUGGUGUUCCUGAUGAUUACGCCCCCAGAUGAUUUUGUUGGUAAAUGCAUUCGAAACACGGGAGUGUUUCCCUCCCCUUCCCCUGGUCAGGACUCCUUUCCACCCAGUGGGUGACUUCUUUUAGUAUUCUGCAGCUAUUUAGCUUUCCAAGUGCAUCAACUAUCUAGAGUAAAGGUCACCAAACACAGCUGGGGUUAGUAACUGCAUAGCAUAGACAUGCCAGAAGACAAUCUUUAAGAAGUGGAGAGAUGCAAGGCACAGUGACCUAAUAUUCAAUGCUACUUAAAGGGAGGAAUCAGCUUUGGCAGACAGACUCUGUGUCAUGACGGAGCUGAACAAUACUCUUAGUUAUUGCUUUUAUUGUUUUGCUUGAACUGAACUGGGGCUGAGAUGCAGAGGGAAGGGAUUAUCCCUGAAUAAUCUCAAAGGGAUCUGGUCACUUGCAGUCGAUUGGAGUGAGGUUGGGUGAAUGGAGCAAGUGGCAGCUAAGGUCUCAUUGUUAAUGUAGUGGGGGAGGGGAGGGUUAAGCUGGGGAGAAGCAAGUACUUUUUAAUUUGAACAGUUACCUAACACCCACCUAUUUUGACACUAGGAUGGCCGAUGGUUAACAGUAUGUGACACAGCUAAUUGCUUUCAGCAGCCAAUCCAUAGAGUGAGAAAAUGACCAUUGCCUUUUCCUUCAUGUGUCUCUCAGAGUUUGCAUUGAUUUUGGACUGUUUUGUCAUCUGUUGUUCAGGACUGUCACGUCCAGUCAGCAAGUGCACUUGAUGUGGCUAACACAUCUAAUGUGAGGAGACAGCACACCCAGUUUGCUACUCCUUUUUAGACUGCACUUCAGAACACAAUUAACCAUUCCUGACCUCCACCACCUGCCAAAUUGUGGCAGCUCGUUUUAAAAUGAUCUAAAUGUAUUUUAUAACCAGAUACCUGGGGAGAACGGCAGAUCUCAUCUCGCUGACAUGGGCAACAGACAGAUGACACUGUGAUGUGCACCCUUUGCUGCAGAGGCUUGUCAGGUCUGAUUGUACCAUCCAUUCCAACUCCAGUUUGGGCUGAUCAUUGGGAAUGGAGGAUGCUGCUCCCUUCGACUGGGAAGUAGUUCCUGAAGGUUGACCGCAUUGAGAGUGAGCAGAUAUGUGUUUGCUACCUGUCGAAAUUUCACCAUACAUACAGAGGUUUUGCCAUGAUGAAGGUCACUGAAGUAUAUUAGCUGGCUAAACUAAUAAGUUGCUCAUCUUGCCAAUUUUCUUUGAAAACCUCAAUUAGUAGCUUUAGCCGAAAAAAUAAUUAAAACUAUAGUCAUUUCACUUCCA